AUGGUUGAGCAAGGGGAAAGGUUGAGCAAGGGAGAUGGUGGAGCAAGGACAGAUGGUGGAGCAAGGGCAGAAGGUGGAGCAAGGGGAGAUGGUGGAGCAAGGGCAGAAGGUGGAGAAAGGGCAGAUGGUGGAGCAAGGGGAGAAGGUGGAGCAAGGGCAGAAGGUGGAGCAAGGGGGAUAAGGACAGAUGAUGGAGCAAGGGAAGAUAGUAGAGCACAGACAGAUGGUGGAGCAAGGGAAGAUGGUGGAGCAAGGACAGAUGGUGGAGCAAGGACAGAUGGUGUGGCAAUCGGAGAUGGUGGAGCAAGGGCAGAAGGUGGAGCAAGGGGGACAAGGACAGAUGAUGGAGCAAGGGGAGAUAGUAGAGCAUGGACAGAUGGUGGAGCAAGGGCAGAAGGUGGAGCAAGGGAGAUGGUGGAGCAAGGGGAGAUGGUGGAGCAAGGGGAGAUGGUUGAGCAAGGGCAGAAGGUGGAGAAAGGGCAGAUGGUGGAGCAAGGGGAGAAGGUGGAGCAAGGGCAGAAGGUGGAGCAAGGGGGAUAA